AUGCCAAUUAAAUCACUUGAGUCGUAUUUGUUCGAAAGAAAGUUGGUAAAUACUAGCUCGAUUGAGAUAUUGCAAAAUGCCACCAUUGGAAUAGACGUUGAUCAUUAUUUAAGCAGGAUUUACACAUUCAAGAAAGAACAAUUUUUAGCUGGUACAGGAGGAAUACCGAGCUCUCUUAAGGAUUAUAUUCAGUCAGAUUUACAAGUGUUCCAGGAAUUCAAGAUAAGGCCCAUUUUUGUUAUUCCAGGAUUGAGCAUUCAAUUGCAGAACACGUCUUACAGGACCAAUGAAUUAUCUCCGCAAGAACAGCACUUAGAGAGUACGUGGUCGAAGCUAAAUAAUAAACAACCAUACUCGAGUAUUGAAUCGUUUAGGUUAUUUACAGACCCUCUACCAUUAAAGCCAAUGAUAAAUGAUUUAAUAAAGUAUUUUAUCGAGAUUGGUAUUGACUAUCUAAUUUCACCAUAUCAUUCGUCAUUUCAAUUAUCUUAUUUAUAUCAAAAUAAUCUUAUUGACUCAAUUUAUGGUUCUACAGACCUAUUAUUAACGAAAGCGGAUAGAUUUAUCUUGGGAAUGGAGUUCCAAUCGAAGGAUUUUAGGUUCAUCGAUAAGGCAAAAAUUUUAGGUGAGCUAAAUUUAACAGAGAAACAAUUUGUUGAUUUGAGCAUAAUGGUGGGGUGUAAUAUCCAACCAAAAACAUUUUCUAUUUUUCCACCGCUUCCCAAACCAAACCCUGUUCAACCAUAUCCACAGCUUAGCUACUUCAAGUUGGGUCUUGAUAUAAUUUACCAGUAUAACACUUUCAAUAAUGCUAAUGACCUCUCAGGGUAUAUUAUAGGUUUGAAUGAUCCCAAAUUGCUUGAGCUAUAUUUAAUGGGUCAUUCAGCUAUCAAAUUUUUGCCUGUUUUGAAUAAGGAGGGCUUUGUUGAAUUGUAUGACGUAGAAAUGGCUAAGUUAGGUUUGAAGGAGGAUAUUGAUUUUUUGAGCGAUGAGGAAAAUGGUAAGUUAAAAGACAGAGCCAUAGAAAAAGCAAAAGCAAAAGGUACAGGAAAGGAUCAAAGAGAUCCACAAUCGACAGAGAGAGAAGUUGUAAAGGUACCAAAUAAUGUUCAUGAUAUCAUAUCGCAAAGGCUUCCUCCAGAAUUAUAUUUUUAUCAAUCUAUCGGUUUACUUCCAAUCAAAUUACUUGAAUCUAUUACUCAGGGGCACAUUGAAAUAAGACCUAGCUUGGAGAGUGGCUUGAGUGAUAGCUAUAAGAAUUUAAUUACCUCUGAGUUUUAUACCACUAUUCUUGAUUAUCAGUUUAAUUUGAUAACUCAACUCUUAGCGAGGUAUUAUCAGGUCAAGAAAAUCAAUGUUAAGUACUGGUUUAAAGACGAAGCUUUGGAAUUAAAUAAUAGGUUAGCACCGCCUGUUUUCCAAAGAGUAAGUUCAAUAUUUGUCCGUGGUCCAAAGUCAGAUAAAUUUUCAUUGUCGAGGUUUUUCACUGACACAAAUGAUUCGAAUAUCAUUGGCAGCUUAGAGAGCAAUAAUAACAAUGAAUUAAUUUCGUCAGUUUUAUUGCGAGCUUUAUAUUUGUUUGGGAUCUUUGAUUCGAAGGGGAAAAAUUUUUCUUCAAUCGGUAUAAUUUUCAAUAAGCUAAUUCAGAAAGAGAAAAACAUAAGUGAAGAGGAUUUACAAGAACUUUUCUUGCUCACCUUAUUAAUAAAGUCUAAAUGCUUGAAACUCACAGAGCCCAAUAGAGAAUUUUCAAGCGUCCCAAAAUACUUCAAGGAAUUUAACAACGAAGUAAUUUCCAGUGAAGAAGUGAAGCAUAUAACUUUGGUAUCCAGGAUAUUCUCUCUUCAUAAGCUUCAUAUUGCUCCAAUAAAUUAUCAAGGGCCUAUAUCUCGAACACUUUUGAACUUCAGAUCACAUAUCAAGUUUCUUACUGACCAUUUCAUAAGCACAAUUCAGUGUUUAAUUGUCGACUUGAUUGUCCGUCAGAAGGACAAUAGCAUUAAAAAAGAAUUCACCGAAAAAGAAGAGUGGUAUCUGUUGAUUGAUCAGCUUCCAUUUUUCAGAGAUCUCAACAACACUUUAUUAGGUGUUGUGGCUGAAAUAUAUUUCGAAUACUCGGUCAAGCAGGCCAAGACACAGAAGACCAAAGAUGAGAUUAUAAAGAAUACAAAAGACCAUUUAUUAAAUUAUGUGUAUCAGAUCAACAAUCCUUCCUUCAACAUAAAUGUUCAUGGUGUUAACAGCAUUACAGGCGACCAAUUGCUAGCAGAUUUCGAAGGUGGUAUUAAAUUUUGGAAUAAGUUCGUCAGUUUAGCCGAAAUAAUUGUCUCCGAAGAUAGUUCUUUGAUUGACGAGAAUUACUACGCUGAGAUAAAAAAUACGGACACCUGGAUUCAGAACUUUAUAUGA